ACCAUAGUGGAAUACUGAUAGAAAUUUAAACGGGAAAUAGCUUCUCCCACUGUACGUUCAUGCAUUGUAAAAGGGCAAAGUGUUGAACGGAAUAACAGACACAGUUUCAGUAUCAGAGUCCUGGAGACAAAUAAAGGAAGGAAAAUGGAUGGAAAGACAGAUAAAAUGUUUCUUUAAAUCAACGCGACUUUGAUUUGUAAAACUCUGAUCCAAUAACUGAUAGACUCCCAAUGAGGGCGCCUCCAAGGCAUUUGAAUUGAGCAAAUAUUUCAAAAAAAGGGGAAACCCGCAAUAUCUUUGUGGUUCGAACUUAACAAACAUCAAUUUUAUACCAAGUAAACAUGUCCCUAUUCCUAUAUAAGUGGGAAAAACUUUUUGAACACCACGCAGUAAGUAUUUCGGAUAUAUUUGGACGUUUAUCAAUUGACCCAAUAACUUUUGCACCUUUCAACUCUCAUUUGUCGAUUGGAAAAAAUAAAUACUGAAAAACAAAAGUAGGGCACGCACAAAAAAGAUUUUUCCCCUGCCUAUCUUAUCUGUUUAUGAUGAAACUGCAAAAUGAUCGCCUAAUAAUUCACUUGCCUUAUAAAAUGGGCGAUGAAAGUCACUGGAAAAUCAUUCGUUCUCAAUUGAAGCUUUCGAAAGGCUAAAUGAUGACGCGCUACUUCAACGUAGUAUUUUGCGCAGUAAUUUUUCUUGCAGCUGGCUCAGUGGCAAAUGGACUCUCACUUGAGGACAGAUUUGAGCAGUUAACCAAUAAUUUCAACGAAAUGAAGCAAAUGUUGACAAUAAAAGAUAGUCGGCUUGAAGCACUGGAACUCAAGGUUCAACAACAUGAAGGAAAAGUAACUCGAUUGGAAAUUGCCCUUCUAAAUGAACAAAGAAUAAACUCGAAAUUAUCGUCAACGGAAUUAAAUGAAAUCAGCAGCAAGUCAAUAGCAAGGAGCGCCAUGCCACGGACGUGCAGGGAAGCUCAUCUAGCGGAUCCGUCUCUCACAUCCGGAAUGCACUGGAUCGAUCCAGACGGUCAAGCCGUUGGUGAUGAUCCCAUCUACGUUUACUGUGAUAUGGAUUCAGGAUCGACAUCAGUUGUGCAUGAUACCCAAAUGUCGUUGGAUGUUGGUCACUGCGCAGAACCAGGUUGCUACUCAAAGGUCAUCAACUACAACGCAACCAGCAGGCAAAUGGCCGCUUUAGCGCAAUUAUCUAACGAAUGUCACCAGUCAAUUAAAUACGACUGCUAUUACGCCCCUCUCGAAUUCGACAACAUCGCAUACGCCUGGUGGAACGAUAGAAAUGGAAAUGCAAAAUACUUUUGGUCUGGUGGUAACACAGAUGUCCACACCUGCCAAUGUGGAAUCGAUAACAACUGCGCCGAUGCUACACUGGAGUGCAACUGCGACGCGACUGCGCCAGUCCAACUAGCCGAUAGCGGGGUCAUCACCGACAAGAAUGUACUGCCCAUUACCCGACUCAAUUUUGGUCGGACUCAACUGGCCAGUUCUACCGGAGUGCACACCUUAGGCCGUUUCGAAUGCUCAGGACAAGUGGCCGUCACGGGAAUGCCGAAAUCGUGCGAAGAUCUCUGGAGGAUUGGACACUCCCUGAGUGGACUGUAUUCGGUUAUGGGAUCCAAAAUGGUGGAAAGUAUCUACUGCGAUUUUACCAAAUUGCCUAGUGACGCGGGUUUCCAGCAGUGGAUCGGAUUUGACGACAUCAUUUCUUCUCCCACUUACUUCUACGUUCAGAGAGGCUCCCAAGUCUUUAAUGAAACAAACACACCGAUUCCGUUCGAUGUUGAAAUACUCAAUAUUGGAGGAGCCAUGGAUUUGCAAUCAGGGAAAUUCACGGCACCCCGAACAGGAAAAUAUUUUUUCUCCCUGUCAGGACUUGGGUACUUCCCAGCUUCUUCUUUGAACCUUAGGAUGUACGUACGUCUCUUUAAAAAUGGCAGUAUCUUCGCAAAUGCUUAUUGUGGUUCGACCAGUCCCGGAAAUAUGUUCGAAACAUUUUCAUUACAAUCGACGGUGCAGUUGCAAGUGGGAGAACAAAUUUGGGUAGAGAUAACCAGUAUUUCUGCAGGGGCUUAUCUGGAUGGUUUUGGUUACACUCAUUUUACUGGAUGGCUACUACAAGAAGACAUUUCUCUUUCCCUGAAUGUUAUCUAAAUUUCACAAUGUAUCUAAACUUGUUUAGCAUUUGGAAUGUAGACUACAUCUGUAAUGCUUAUUGUUAAGAAAAACAAACUGUGAAGAAUACGUCAAAUACAGCAGCCAUCGCUGUCCAA